UUUCAUCACUGCUGCAUUUUUCUUCUUGCAAGAAGCUCUUUGCUCUUUUCCUCUGACAGUUUGUUGAGUAGCUAAAGUCAAGUUUAGUUUAGACUGACAAUUAGUAUUUAUGCUGAAGUUCUUUACUCGAAUACUGCCUUUGAAUGCAUCUUUUCCUCAUGACUUUAUUCGCUGAUGUCCGCUUCUAAAGGACUACUUGACACAGCCUGCAGGAAGUGGUCCAUCAGCUGUGCAGUAGAGGCGCGGCCUCCUCUCAGCCUAAACUUCACCAAGAAGUCUGUGACACUCCAAGGCGGCGGACAUGGCCAACCCAGCCGAGUGCUCCAUCAAGGUAGUGUGCCGCUUCAGGCCGCUGAACAAAUCCGAGGUGGCCCGAGGAGACAAAUACAUCCCAAAGUUUCAAGGGGAUGACUGUGUGCAGAUCGCGGGUAAACCGUACUACUUUGACCGUGUAUUCCAGUCCACUACUACUCAGGUACAAUUCUACAAUGCUGUGGCUCAGAAGAUUAUCAAAGACGUACUUGAUGGCUACAAUGGCACAAUAUUUGCUUACGGGCAGACAUCCUCUGGUAAAACACACACAAUGGAGGGAAAACUUCAUGACGCAGACAUGAUGGGAAUCAUUCCUCGAAUUGUGGAGGACAUCUUUAAUUAUAUUUAUUCUAUGGAUGAGAACCUGGAGUUUCACAUCAAAGUGUCUUAUUUUGAAGUCUAUCUGGACAAAAUCCGAGAUCUGCUGGACGUGACCAAGACCAACCUCUCCGUCCAUGAAGACAAAAACAGAGUGCCGUACGUAAAGGGGUGUACUGAGCGUUUCGUGUGCAGUCCUGAUGAGGUCAUGGAAGCCAUUGAUGAAGGCAAAAACAACAGAAUUGUGGCUGUCACAAACAUGAAUGAGCACAGUUCCAGGAGUCACAGCAUCUUCCAAUUCAGCAUAAAGCAGGAAAACUCUCAGACGGAACAGAAACUCACCAGCAAGCUUUACCUUGUUGAUCUGGCUGGCAGUGAAAAAGUGGGUAAAACUGGAGCAGAAGGUACAGUUCUGGAUGAAGCCAAGAUGAUCAAUAAGUCUCUGUCUUCACUUGGAAAUGUUAUUUCUGCAUUGGCCGAGGGCUCAUCAUAUGUGCCUUACAGAGACAGUAAGAUGACCAGGAUCCUGCAGGAUUCCUUAGGAGGGAACUGUCGGACCACCAUGGUCAUCUGCUGUUCCCCUUCCUCCUUUAACGAUGCAGAGACCAGGUCCACAUUACUGUUUGGACAAAGGGCCAAGACGGUGAAGAACUCGGUGUGUGUGAACGUGGAGCUUACAGCAGAGCAGUGGAAAAACAAGUAUGAAAAGGAGAAGGAGAAGAACAAGACGCUGAGAGGCACUGUGACCUGUUUGGAAACUGAACUCAAUCGCUGGAGGAUUGGUGAAAGUGUUCCAGCAGAGGAACAGUUUGACAAAGAAAAGGCCAAAUCUGAAGUUCAAGCUUUGGAUGUUACUCUCAGUGACAAGACAACACCUGCCUCACCUGCCUCACACGCCUCACCUGCACACAGCGGGCUUCCUGGCAUCAAACUGGCACCUGCUGGAACACCACAGUGCGAGGCGGAGAUGGCCAAGCUUUACAAAGAGCUGGAUGAUAAGGAUGAUGAGAUUCAUCAACAGUCUCAAUUGUUGGAGAAAAUCAAGGAGCAGUUGUUGGACCAGGAGGAGCUCCUCGCCUCAUCGCAGCGUGACCAUGGCAACCUGCAGACGGAGCUGAAACGACUGUUGGCAGAGAAUGAAUCUUCCAAGGAGGAGGUCAAGGAGGUGCUGCAAGCUCUUGAGGAACUCGCUGUUAACUACGACUUGAAAAGUCAGGAGGUCGAGGACAAAACCAAAGAGUUUGAGGCCCUCAGUGAGGAACUGAAUGAAAAUCUCUCUUUAGCCACAAUUGACUCUGAGCUCCAGAAGUUGAAGGAGAUGACCUACCACCAGAAGAAGAGGGUUACAGAGAUGAUGUCCUCAUUACUCAAAGACCUAACGGAGAUCGGUCUUGCAGUGGGAAGUAACGACAUCAAGCAACACGAGAACAGUGGUGUCAUUGAUGAGGAGUUCACGGCGGCGCGACUCUGCAUCAGUAAGAUGAAGUCGGAGGUGAAAAGCAUGGUGAAACGAAGCAAACACCUGGAAAGCUCCCAGGCUGACAGUACCCAGAAGCUGGAGGACACUGAGAGGGAGUUAACUGCUUGUCGGCUACGUGUCUCUCAGCAUGAAGCGAAGAUAAAAUCCCUAACAGACUGUCUACAGAAUGUGGAGCAGAAGAAAAGACAGUUGGAAGAAAAUGUGGACGCUCUAAAUGAAGAAAUAGUCAGGAUUGGAGCACAAGAUAAAGUUCAUGUCAUGGAAGAGAAGAAUGAGAUCCAGUCUGUCAAUGAAGUGAAGGAUGCUGUGGAGAAGCAGAUCUUAUCUCACAGAGAAGCUCAGCAGAGGCAGAUCAGCAACCUGAGAGACGAGCUGGAUCACAAGGAGAAGAUGAUCACUGAAUUGCAGGAUCUCAACCAGGCGAUCAUGUUGGAGCAAGAGAGGCUCAGAAUGGAGCGUGACAAACUCAAAGCAGCAGAACAGGAGAAGGGUCGCCUGCUACAAGAGCUCACGGAGCAGCAGGACAAACGGGAGCAAACCAGGCAAGACCUGAAAGGAUUGGAGGAAACUGUGGCCCGUGAGCUGCAGACUCUUCACAACCUCAGAAGACUUUUUGUCCAAGACCUUGUCGUUCGAGUCAAGAAGAAUGACCAGAUGAGCUCAGAAGAAAGAGAAGUCAGUACUGCGCAAAGACGAAAGAUCUGCUUUCUGGAAAACAACUUGGAGCAGCUGACCAAAGCUCACAAACAGUUGUUACGGGACAAUGCAGACCUCCGUUCAGAGAUCCCGAAAAUGGAGCGACGCCUGCUGACCACAGUGGAGCGGGUGAAAGCCCUAGAGGGCGCGCUGAAGGAGGCCAAAGAGAUUGCAGCUCGUGAGCGCCAACAAUACCAGCAAGAAGUUGAGCGCAUUAAGGACACCAACAAGCCCAAAAACAUGGGAAGGAGAGGCUCUGCUCAGAUAGCCAAGCCCAUUCGACCAGGCCAGCUGCCAGGCGCCUCUCUUUUGAACCCCAAUGGAAACAGAUCCAACCUCAUCAACAACUACUCUGGCAUCAAAGAAGGGGAUGACAGUUCUUGAAGAUCAUCUCAGAAGAUGAAGAUUAAGAAAAGUCACACACACACACACUCCUCCAUCUAAGUGUGCAUAGCUCCUGUGUUCUUACGCUGUCUACUACUGUCUGAUUUUUCACAAAAAUAUGACCUUAAGUGGAUUUAUCAAUUCUGAAUUAAAAUGUUAGCUAACAAUAUACAAUUUUAUUGUAUUCAUUUAAAAAUUUGGUCUACAAAAAUUAGUUAAAAUGUGUUUAACAUUCUCUGAGCAUAUAGCUAUUAAUUUGUAAUUGCAUUAUUAUAUGGUCACAUGUUCAUUGACAAAAUGCUUGUAAAUGUAAAACAAUCUUCUUCUAAAAACAUAAAUUUACUGUUGUUACCCUGGAUAAAUGAAGGUGAUAAAUAUUUACAUAUUUCUGGUUUAACUGCAAAAACCUGACAGCUGAAAAUAUUGACUUAUUCAUCGUAUUUAUAUUGAAAUAAAUAAUAUAUUUACACUGGAAACUCUUGUGGUGAGUGGUGUUACUUAUCUGGAAGAGAAAUUAUUAAUCCUGAUAUGAUGUCAUUAUGUCCUUGUGGAGAGGCGGAGCCGACGGUCAGACAGCGCGGCAGGGCACGCUAGAGCCCGGCCCAAUAUGGCGGCAAAGAGGUGGAGGAUGUGAGCGAGCGGCGAGGCGGGGCGUCCCGGGAGCGACGCUGCAGUCAAGUUCAGGUGCGUGCAUGGAUCGCACACCGGGACACAACUAACUUAUCUCCUCUCAAUGUAUAAAAGGGGAGAGGGAGGAGAGAGCGGGGCAGAAGGAGGAGGAGAGCCCGCAGCAGUGGCUAAAGAGCAAGUACGACGGAGACGCGUCCAACUGAGCGACACGGAGGAGCGAGCAGCAGGACCGGCGACGGCGCAAAAGACUUCCUUGAUUGCGAAAUAAAUGAGAGUCAAACCUGCAAAAGCAAUGUCCUUCCUUGGUGGUCAGUAGAACCUGAGCGUCGACAGCGUGAGUCGUCCACAGUCCGGAAGUAUUCCGAAGAUCACAUUUAUUGUACCUUUACAUCUACGUUACAUCUAUAUAUGUACAUAUACACACAAAGAUCUGGAUUCAAUCCCUGUGCUCUGGAUCUUUCUGUGUGAAGUUUGCAUGUUUUCCCCCUGCGUGGGUUCUCUCCGCGAACU